AGCAUCCAAGAAGUCAUGUCAUGCACCAUCACAAAUCUCCAAGAAUAAUGCAACACCAAAUGUCUGCUUCUGGUAAAAUGUGCAUUUCUGCCAUGCUACUACUCCUUCCAAAACUUUUUUUUUACUAAGUGUCCCACAUCUGCCCUUUUCUCCAGCGACAGGAUAUCCUUCAUUUGUCUGCACCAAGAGCAGAUGAGCACUUCUUCGUGUUGUUUUCCAAACUGGCUGAUGGGAGGGUCAGCAGGGGCCAAAGCAGCUGCAACAAGGAAAGGAAAGAUAACCAUGGCAACCCAAGUUAUCUGCAUCCUCCAUGUAUUUCCUUCUCCCCACCCUACAGCAUAUCUUUCCCACCCAAACCUCAAGCCAAUAGAGCCAGUGACCAGCUGGCAGGAUGGGGACUGCAGCAGUGUCUCCUGCACCCAGAGUGUCUUGCUGUGUUUUGGGGCUCACCACUGCAGGCUGAAGUCAUCAAAAGGAGACCGAAAUCCUAGAGAGGGACAACUUGCAAAAAGCAGAGCUCUCCACUACUGUAGAUGGGGCACUGGGUAUGCUGCCUCUGCUCCAGAGCUGCAGAUCCAUUGAUGCUGCUCCUGGUUUUGGCUCUGGGCUGUAACCCUUCCACAGCAGCAACAUCUUCUCCAUCUGUGCCCCACGUCAAACCCAGCUACAGCUUUGGCCGGACUUUCCUGGGACUUGAUAAAUGCAACGCCUGCAUUGGGACAUCCAUAUGCAAGAAGUUCUUUAAAGAGGAGAUAAGGUUUGACACCUGGCUUUCUUCUCAUUUAAAGCUGCCCCCCAGCUCCCUGCUCAGCUACUCGGGCAACUACACGGACGAUGCCAAGAGCUGGCGGCUGGUGGACAUCACCCGGCUGACCUCCAAGUACCAGCACGACCGGGCGGACAAGCGCAUCUGCACCUCCCUGCUCAAGAGCAAGAGCUGCAGCCUGGAGCGCGCCCUGCGCCGCACCCAGCGCUUCCAGAAGUGGCUGCGGGCCAAGCGCCUCACGCCCGACCUGGUCCAGGGCCUGUCCAGCCCCAUGCUGCGCUGCCCAUCCCAGCGCCUCCUGGACAGGAUCGUGCGGCGCUACGCAGAGGUGCCGGACGCCGGCAGCAUCUACAUGGAUCACCUCACGGACCGGGACAAGCUGCGCCUGCUGUACACCCUGGCAGUGAACUCACACCCCAUCCUCUUGCAGAUCUUCCCCAGCGUGGAGGGCUGGCCCUUCCCGCGGUACCUGGGCUCCUGUGGGCGCCUGGUGGUCAGCGCCAGCACCCGGCCCCUGCGCGACUUCUUUGGGGCGGCCCCCGAGGUGGCCGCAGACCUGGCCCUGCAGCUCCUGGCCGUGCUGCGCUCCAUGGCCAGCAACGACCUCAACUACUUCUUCUACUUCACCCGCGUGGACGCUGGCACCUUCGGCGUGUUCAGCAACGGGCAUCUGUUCAUCCGGGAUGCCAGCACGCUGGGCAUCAUCGACAAGGAGGAAGGGAGCCAGCUGAUCGAUGGCCAACAGGAGUAUAAAGAUAUCUUCAGCUGCCUGACUGUGGACUGCCAGUCUGCGUUUGCGUCCUGUGACUCCAUCAGGGAGACGCACAGCCUGGUCAUGGUGUGUCAGGACCUUCUGCCGAAGCUGCUGACGGGGAAGUUCGGGCCCCCGGUGCAGGAGAGGAUCGACGCCUUCCUGCAGCGCUGCGCCCGCGGCCUCGGCGACGACCGCGGUGCCAGCGAGGCCAUGGUGGAGCUGGCAGAGAUCCUGAAACCUCUGCGGUCCUGCGACUCCCGCUUCGCCUACCGCUACCCUGACUGCAGAUACAGUGACAAAUUCUGACACAGGAGCUGUCCCUGCCAAGGACUGGGGCAGUGGCAGCCUCCUCCCAGCGCGGGAAGCGAGAAGGAGCCAGGGGAGCUGGAAAGAGCUGCCCCAAAUCCAGGGCGUUCUCAGUGUAAGAGGGAGCAGAGUGCAUGUGGGAUUCAUUAUUCAUCUCCCAGAGAUGCAUUCGUUACAUGGGAUAUAGACAUGGUGUAUGGUUUGUGGAUUAUUAACAUUGUCAUGACUGACAAGGGGCCACAGGGUUAAUAAAUCUCAUUCACGUGUUUUGGCCUUGGAA